AUGCAUAGUUUUCAAGUUUUCGAGUUGUUGGCCUUUGCGGUCUUGGGCGGCCAAGCCCUUGCCUUGCCUACCAGCCCUUCGAAUCACCUCGAAACUCGCAGCAGCGGGUCUCGAACUGUUGCCAGUGUUUACAACUGGUCAGACUCCGACGAAGAGAUGCCGAACACCUCUAGAGCUUCCAAAGACGGACAGGGGUGUAAGCGAAAAAGUGGGAACAGAGAGUCUACGGCAGCAGACACUAGAUAUACGCAAGAGGUUCAGGAUGCACUUGGCCCUCUUAUGGAACAGUUGAACAUAACAGAUAAAGAUAAGACCGGCAAGAAAAAGGUUCGCGGAUAA